UAGAGCGGAGGGAUUAGCUGUGGGCCACCAGCAGCCCGAAGCCGGAGCCAAUUAUUGGACCUCAUGGCUACAGUUUUCCUCACCUGUAAGCUGUGAAGAAAAGGUUGCUACUUGGCCCUCCAUCUAUUGAUUUAUUUUGAUUCUAUGCUUGCUUGCUCUCUAUUUUGCCGGAUUGCCCGCCUGAAAACAUGCUUGGAUUUAUGGAGGGCUUCUCGGAUACAUGCUCAUUAGGAGAAUUGGUGCCUUCGUCGGGGAUUCAACUCAUCUCUAAUUAAUUAAGGGUGAUCACUGAAAAAGCCUACACAUGAAGGAAGCUGACGAUUGAUUCUUGGAUACAAGUCCAAGGAAACUUCGAAUCGGUUGGAAAACUGAGAGCCCAAGUCCUCCAUAGAUGCCUACGGUCCAUACAAGUGGCCUCAGGAGACUCGUUCUCCUUCAUCUUCCUAUUUCCUACUGCAUAUCCCACAGGCCUGCAUCCUCCCGGUCUUUCAACGUCCAACUACCCAUCAAUUGCACCCUGCUUUGUCUGUUAAGUCUCUUAUUCUAGUGAUCGGAACAAUUAAUAAAACCAUCGAUGAAGAACCAGCAGCAACAUCACCCUCCACGUCUUUGCAUGCUCUCCCCUUCCAAUUCCCAACUCCUCCAAUUUCUCCCAAACCUCCUCCUCUUUGGCCUCGGCCUGGCCCUUGGGUUCAUCUCCAGUUUUUACCUCAAAACCAUUCCUUUCCCUCUCCAGACAUCCAAACUCUCCUUGCUCUCUUCUCCUCCAUCCCCACCACAACGGCCGCCGCAGCCAGUCCUAAAUCUCUCCCUCAGUAGUGCUCAUGAGCGCGUGGGAUUAAAGGGAUAUGUGGAGCCAGCCAAGGCCAUGCAUGACAUGACCGAGGAGGAGUUGCUGUGGAGGGCGUCGAUGGUUCCGAGGAUCAAAGACUACCCAUUCGACCGAGUUCCUAAGGUUGCCUUCUUGUUUCUCGCCAGGGGAUCGCUCGCCUUCGCUCCGCUAUGGGAGAAGUUCUUCAAAGGACAUGAAGGAUUGUAUUCGAUCUACGUGCACGCCGAUCCUUCCUUCAACGAGUCAGCGCCAGAGGGUUCGGUGUUCCAUGGCCGGAGAGUCCCGAGCAAGCUGGUGCGAUGGGGGCAAUUGAGCAUGAUGGAAGCUGAACGCCGCCUACUAGCUAAUGCCCUGCUCGACUUCUCAAACCAACGCUUCAUCCUCCUCUCCGAGUCAUGCAUUCCUCUCUUCAACUUCUCCACCAUUUACUCCUACCUCAUCAACUCCACCAAAACCUACGUCAGUUCCUACGAUGAUCCGGGGCCCAACGGCCGCGGUCGAUACAAUAUUAGAAUGAAACCGCUUGUGAAGCUGCAGCAAUGGCGAAAAGGCUCCCAGUGGUUUGAGGUGGACCGGAACCUUGCAAUUGAGAUAAUUUCUGAUGACAAAUAUUUUCCGGUCUUCAAGAGAUACUGCAAGCCCUCGUGCUACGUCGAUGAACAUUAUCUGUCGACGUUUGUGAGCAUGAGGUUUUGGUGGAGAAAUGCAAAUCGGAGCCUCACUUGGGUCGACUGGUCAAAAAGGGGGCCACACCCGGCCAGGUUUGGAAGAUUGGAUGUGACCAUUGAGCUCUUGAAGGGGAUGAGAAAUGGAAGUACAUGCGAUUACAAUGGUAGGACUACUAGCAUUUGCUUCCUAUUUGCGAGGAAGUUCUUACCCAACUCCUUGACUCGGUUGAUGAGAUUUGCUCCAAAAGUUAUGGGCAUUCAGACUUAAGAGAUCCAUUAUAAGGAUGUGGGAUCCAUAAAGAUUCUCUGCAAGCAAGAGAAGCUUUCUCAGGGACAUUUUUAAGUAGUACCACUUUUUAUGGGAUUCUUGGAAUAAAGGGAAAAGUGUACAAAGCAUCUGAGACCUAAAUGAAGGUUGAAGGUUGUUCUCGCGGGAAA